AUGGAAGUUGGAAAUGUCACUGAGUUUGUGCUCCUGGGACUGACCAGCAACCCUUGGACUGGGGUACUGCUCUUUGCGCUGUUCUUGGAUUACCUCUUGACCCUCGUGGGGAACUUGCCGAUGCUGCUGGUGAUCAGCUGUGAUCCCCACCUUCAUACCCCCAUGCACUUCUUCCUGAGACACCUCUCCCUCAUAGAUGUUUUCUAUUCUUCAGUCAUUGCGCCUAAGUUGCUGAAGAGCCUUAUUUCUGAGUGGAAGACUAUAUUGUUCCUUGGGUUUUUCAUUCAGAUCACCCUGGUUAUAUUUUCUGGGGCCACUGAAGCCUGCCUCCUUUCUGCCAUGGCCUAUGACCGGUUCCAGGCUGUGUGCCACCCACUGUUAUAUGUGGUCACUAUGAAUGGAAAGGUAUGCUCUGGGCUGGCGGUUUUGUCUUGGGCUGGAGGAAUCAGCGUUAACCUGAUUAACGCCCUCCUGCUAGCUCAAGAGCACUUCUGUGGCCGGAACCUAGUCCACGGCUUUGCCUGUGAGACGCCCCCAGUGCUCCUGCUGGUCUGUUCUGACCCCCACACUACUGUCACCUCCACCCUGACAACACUGGUGAUCUUAGGCUUUGGUACUCUGGUCCUGCUACUGGGAUCCUACAGCCGCAUCAUCAUGACAGCCCUGAGCAUCAACUCGGCCACAGGUCGGAGCAAGAGCUUCUCCACAUGUUCUUCAUGUGACUUCCUUGUAGCCUCCAUCUUUUACGGUUCGGGAGUAUUCGGGCGUGGCCCACAGUAG